UGCUGAGAAGCUACCCAUUGGAAUUCCUGUGGGUUAGGGCACGUGCUCAGCCUCAGUGUGCAGGGAGGCUGAAGUUGGGUCUCUGAGGUGGUGCCUCUCCGUGGGCUUCUAAUAGUGCUGCUGCCAUGUACUAUCAGGAGAAGAAAGAGGUGCAGAGGCCUUGGUUGUUAAACCAAGUGGACAGGCAGGCUUCUGAAGCAAAGUGGUGACAGGACCUCCCACCCUUAUGUAGCCGUGUACCGUGUUGACUGAUGUCUCUGCUGGCAGAUGUCCCUGGACUCUAGUUUCUCCUCCUCGCUUCCUCAAGUUCUCCAAGUAUCUUUACCCCAUAGGUGUGGUUCCAGAAUCGCCGGGCAAAGUGGCGAAAAGUUGAGAAGUUGAAUGGGAAAGAAAAUGAGGACAAUCCUGAAGCUCCUGCCAGCAGCCAGUGCAGAGCCCCCUCUGCUGAUGAUGUCCGACCAGACUCUGGCACCCAUCCAACAGAGCGAGGGUACUCAGAGGGUGGAGACCCCACCACUCUUCAGUCCCCCACCUGUUCGAAGAACCAACUUUCCUUUUCCCCUGGGCCCUGUGCACACCUCCCAACUGAUGUCUCUGCUGGCAGAUGUCCCCGGUAGUGAGAGCAGUCCCACUGGAUCCUGGGGGACAAGCAUCUCCUCGCCACCCAUCUGCUCGUAUCUGGAAGACCCGGAAGCCCAGGAUUACCCACAAAGCAGCCAGCCGGGACCGUUCCAGUUCCCCCAGCCUCCACAGACUCAGCUUUUCCAACCUCCCCAGGCCCAGUUUUCAUACCUGCCUCCCUUCCCCUUCCCCAUGCCCAGUUCACUGACCUUUCCACCACUGGAAGACCCCCUCUUUAUGUUUCCUUGUGGUCCCAGUGGGGGCAUGUCACAGGGCUACUACUCGGGCCCUCCAUCCGGGCAGAUUCUGCUGCAGCCACCCGUGGGAAAUGUGGGUGCAGUGUCGUGGAAUGACCUCUGUUUGCCAGAACUGCCCUUCCCUGGUCCCCUCUACCCACAGACACUGGGGCACCCCUCAGGAGCAGAUGGCUAUUUUCCUGAUCUGUGUACAGCUCCUGGUGCUCAGGCAAUGAGCAGGCAGCCUUCUCCAGGUCUUGACCCGCUGCCGGAAGGGGCCAGACCAGGAACUGGGCCCUUACUCGGCAAGGCACAAGAAAAGCAGCCUGUCUUCUCCCUGGAGCCGUCCACAGCAUUGGAGGAGGUCAAAGAAGACAAGAAUGGCUGUGCUCCCUAGUUGGAGUCGAAGAGUAGAAAGAGGGUCCUGGGCAUGGGGGGACAGGAUUGGGGUACCUGCACAGGGGGUGCUGAUGGAAGGGCUGGGAAGGAUUCUGGGCUGGGUGGGAUCGGAUGCCUCCCCGGUGUGUGCUUGUCUUGCCGCUGGGCAUUAGAGAAGGAAGAGGGUUGGACCUGCCCUUCCCCCACACCUCUAUGAUGGUCCUGAAGAAAGGGGAGCCCAGGUUACUUCCGGAUGUUGCGUCAGUACGUUGUUUCCUUUCACUGCUGGACACUGAGCCUGAGGGCCACUGUAAGCAGUAAGCUAGUCUACCUUGUGUUCUCUGAUUGUGAGUCCUCCCCCUCAACCUAGGGGGAGUUCCAUUGCCUACCACUGACUAGUUGUUGGAUGUAAUUGUUCGGGAGUCCCCACUGGACAUGAUCAUGUAUUGUUCCUGGCUCCCCUAAAGGAGAAAUUGGGCAUCUUGAGCUCUUCCUUCAGUCCUGCCAUUAAAUCACGUUCUAUUCACAAACCUA